GCCGGCCCGACAUGGCGGAAGAAGAGGUGGCCAAGUUGGAGAAGCACUUGAUGCUUCUCCGACAAGAGUAUGUCAAGCUUCAGAAGAAACUGGCAGAGACAGAGAAGAGAUGCACUCUCUUAGCUGCACAAGCAAACAAGGAGAGCAACAGUGAGUCCUUCAUCAGCCGCUUACUGACAAUAGUGGCAGACCUGUAUGAGCAGGAGCAGUACAGUGAUCUGAAGAUAAAGGUUGGGAGCAAGCAUAUUAGUGCUCACAAGUUUGUCUUGGCAGCUCGAAGUGACAGCUGGAGUCUGGCCAACUUGUCUUCCAUUGAGGAGCUGGACUUGUCAGAUGCAAAUCCAGAGGUGACAAUGACAAUGCUUCGCUGGAUCUAUACGGAUGAGUUGGAGUUCAAAGAGGAUGACGUAUUCCUGACUGAACUGAUGAAGCUAGCAAAUCGGUUUCAACUACAACUCCUUAGGGAGAGAUGUGAGAAGGGUGUUAUGUCUCUGGUGAAUGUUAGGAAUUGUAUUCGCUUCUAUCAGACUGCGGAAGAACUGAAUGCCAGCACACUGAUGAAUUACUGUGCAGAAAUUAUUGCAAGUCAUUGGGAUGACUUGCGAAAGGAGGACUUCAGUAGCAUGAGUGCUCAGUUGUUAUACAAAAUGAUCAAAUCCAAGACAGAGUACCCGCUCCAUAAAGCAAUUAAAGUGGAGAGAGAAGAUGUGGUCUUCCUCUAUCUGAUUGAAAUGGAUUCCCAGCUCCCUGGGAAGCUAAAUGAAGUGGAUCAUAAUGGAGACCUUGCAUUAGAUCUAGCCCUUUCACGGCAGCUAGAGAGUAUUGCAACGACGCUGGUUAGUCAUAAAGCUGAUGUGGACAUGGUAGACAAGAAUGGCUGGAGCUUAUUACAUAAAGCAAUCCAACGAGGAGAUCUCUUUGCGUCCACAUUUCUCAUUAAGAAUGGGGCCCUUGUCAAUGCUGCCACACUGGGAGCCCAGGAGACACCCCUGCACCUUGUGGCACUAUAUAGUUCCAAGAAACACUCAGCAGAUGUGAUGGCCGAGAUGGCGCAGAUUGCAGAGGCCCUCCUACAGGCUGGUGCCAACCCCAACAUGCAGGACAGCAAGGGCAGGACUCCUUUACACUUGUCCAUCAUGGCCAGAAAUGAAUAUGUGUUCAAUCAGCUGCUGCAGUGUAAACAAUUGGAUUUAGAAUUAAAAGACCACGAGGGCAGCACAGCUUUAUGGCUUGCAGUGCAGUACAUCACUGUGUCUUCAGAUCAGUCUGUAAACCCCUUUGAAGACCUUCCUGUGAUGAAUGGGACUUCAUUUGAUGAAAACAGCUUUGCAGCCAGACUCAUUCAACGUGGCAGCAACACUGAUGCUCCUGAUGUGACCACAGGAAAUUGUUUACUACAGCGGGCAGCCGGGGCAGGAAAUGAGGCAGCAGCUCUUUUCCUGGCAACCAAUGGUGCCCAUGUCAACCACAAAAACAAGUGGGGUGAAACUCCGUUGCACACAGCUUGUCGACAUGGUCUGGCCAACCUCACUGCAGAACUCCUGCAGCAGGGCGCCAACCCCAAUCUACAGACAGAGGAGACUCCACCAGUGUCUCAACAGCCUGCAGCCCUCAGCAGCUCCAUGGACAGUGUCCACCUGCAGACACCACUGCACAUGGCAAUCGCUUACAAGCAUCCAGAUGUGGUGUCUGUCAUCCUGGAACAGAAAGCCAAUGCUCUUCAUGCCACCAACAACUUACAAAUUAUUCCGGACUUCAGCCUCAAGGACUCCCGAGACCAGACUGUGCUGGGCCUGGCAUUAUGGACUGGCUUGCAUACGAUUGCAGCCCAAUUGCUUGGGUCUGGAGCUUCCAUCAAUGACACCAUGUCAGAUGGGCAGACCUUGCUACACAUGGCCAUACAGCGGCAGGACAGCAAGAGUGCACUCUUCCUCCUGGAACAUCAGGCUGAUAUAAAUGUCAGGACUCAGGAUGGGGAGACUGCCCUGCAGCUGGCCAUCAGAAAUCAGCUUCCACUUGUAGUUGAUGCUAUAUGUACCCGAGGAGCUGACAUGUCCGUGCCAGAUGAAAAAGGGAACCCCCCACUGUGGCUUGCUUUGGCGAAUAAUCUAGAGGAUAUUGCCUCCACUCUGGUCAGACAUGGCUGUGAUGCCACAUGCUGGGGUCCAGGACCUAGUAGGUGCUUGCAGACUCUCCUUCACAGAGCCAUUGAUGAAAACAAUGAGUCUACUGCCUGCUUUCUCAUCCGCAGUGGUUGUGAUGUGAAUAGUCCCCGGCAACCAGGUGCUGGUGGAGAAGGAGAAGAAGAAGCAAGGGAUGGGCAGACUCCCCUGCAUUUGGCGGCCUCAUGGGGGCUGGAAGAGACAGUGCAAUGUCUUCUAGAAUUCGGUGCCAAUGUAAAUGCACAGGAUGCAGAAGGAAGAACACCUGUCCAUGUGGCAAUCAGUAACCAGCACAGUGUCAUCAUUCAAUUGUUGAUUUCUCACCCUAACAUCCAUUUGAAUGUACGAGAUAGACAAGGGCUGACCCCAUUUGCCUGUGCCAUGACUUAUAAGAACAACAAGGCAGCUGAAGCCAUUCUCAAACGAGAGUCUGGGGCUGCUGAGCAGGUGGAUAACAAGGGCCGGAAUUUUCUUCAUGUGGCAGUUCAGAACUCUGAUAUUGAAAGUGUCUUGUUCCUGAUCAGUGUCCAGGCCAAUGUGAACUCCAGAGUUCAGGAUGCUUCCAAGUUGACCCCUUUGCAUCUUGCUGUCCAAGCAGGCUCAGAGAUCAUUGUUCGCAAUUUGCUUCUUGCAGGAGCCAAGGUGAAUGAAUUAACCAAGCAUCGGCAAACUGCCCUCCAUCUGGCUGCCCAGCAGGACCUGCCUACCAUCUGUUCAGUCCUCCUCGAGAAUGGAGUGGACUUUGCUGCUGUGGAUGAGAAUGGAAAUAAUGCACUUCAUCUUGCUGUCAUGCAUGGUCGGCUCAACAACAUCCGGGUUCUCCUCACAGAGUGCACAGUAGAUGCUGAAGCCUUUAAUCUGAGAGGCCAGUCACCACUGCAUAUUCUGGGACAGUAUGGCAAAGAGAAUGCAGCAGCUAUCUUUGACCUCUUCGUAGAGUGCAUGCCUGAGUAUCCUCUUGACAAACCGGAUGUAGAAGGAAACACAGUGCUGCUCUUAGCAUACAUGAAAGGGAACGCCAACUUAUGCCGUGCUAUCGUUCGGUCUGGGGCUCGUCUUGGGGUGAAUAAUAACCAAGGAGUCAACAUUUUCAACUACCAGGUUGCCACUAAGCAACUUCUAUUUAGACUAUUAGAUAUGCUGUCCAAGGAGCCACCAUGGUGUGAUGGCUCCAAUUGCUAUGAGUGUAUUGCCAAGUUUGGAGUCACAACUCGCAAACAUCACUGCCGUCACUGUGGCCGUCUUCUUUGUCAUAAAUGCUCAACCAAGGAGAUUCCCAUUAUAAAGUUUGAUCUGAACAAGCCUGUGCGGGUGUGCAACAUUUGCUUUGAUGUACUGACUCUGGGUGGGGUCUCCUAGUGAGCCCCCAAGAGGGUUCAGGUCAGUGUCCCCAGGCACCUCCCCAGCUGCUCACCAGCCUGUCCCCAUCCCCCAUCCAGAGCUGGAGCUGCAGCUGGCAGUCGUCUUCCUGCGGCAGGAGACUGGAACAAUUAAGGACCAACCAUGAUGUGAUCCAACCUCAGAUGAUUCUGUAUGAUUGUCCUGUGUAUCAGACUGUGAUCAUUUUCACUAGAUGUCACUCUUACUAAAUGGAUCAGGCCAUUUAGCCUAAGUGGUAAAUGUGACAGGAUCAGACCCUAUCUACUAGCAAUAUACAAGGACACUUGGAGACAGUUUCCCCUUCCAGUAGCUUAGUGUCCAUCUCAGAGCAUUCACAAAGUCUUCCUGCCUGGGCUCACUCAUGAGCAGAGCCCAACAGAGUAGGAACGACUGCUUGAUGAGAGCUGGUUUUACUUUAGGGUAAGUGGCUGUGGACUUCUCUGCAUUUAAUUCAUAAAGAUAAGAGGAUCUUCCUGUCCUGAAGUCUUUUUUUCUUUCUUUCUUUCUUUUUUUUUAAAGUUAAGCUGUUAUUUUUAGUGAGCUGCCUCCCUUUUUAAAAGGUGAAAUCUUUCUAAACAGGGUUCAAAGAUGAGAGCUGAAAAAUCGUGGCCUUAACAACUGAAAGCUUUACCAGUGUUCAUGCUGCUAAGGUGUCAGGAGGGCAGUGUGGCAGCUUGACACCUAGCAACUGUCUCAUUCUCUCGUCUUGCUGUAUCCUGUCUGUGGAGUCCUCAGUUGCCACCACUCAAGAGUGGUGGAGGAAAUGCACUUUGUCUGUGCCGCACUUUUUACAGAGCUGCAUCAUUGCUUCUAACUUAAAAAUCUAUGCGUAAAACUAUUCUCACACACUCUUGCUUUGACUGGACCACAGCCCACUCUAAUCUCAAAGGGAAAACUACAGAGGAGGAAGAAAUUCAUAUUGAAGAGAAAGGAGAUAAAUGAGACUUCAGCAUCAGGACUGUUUCCAGCCUUGGUGACACAGGUCCUCUCCUUGACAUCCUUUUGCUGAAUGAAACCUUUCCCUAGUAGCUUGCCCUGCCCCAUAAGAGCCAGCAGGCAAAAGUCCCGUCAAGUGUGAGUACCCUGUUUCGGAAGACUCUGGCUUGAAUGCUGAGUGAGGCCUCCAGAGCUUGCAGGGCCUUAGCUGCUGCUAGUAUCUACAUUAACUCUUAAGUUGGCUAGGUUUAUUUUUUUUAUUUUUUUAAAUGCACAUAGAAAGAAUUUUUUACCACUGCUUUUUAAGAACAAAAACACAACUCUGAGAUGAACAAUAUUUGCUAUACAGUUAUUCCAGCUAUGCUCAGAGAUCAACAAUCUCAAUCAGACAUACUGAUCUUUCAGAUAUUUCUUAACCACUACAUUUUUCUUUUGCAUUAAUGAAGUAUUGAUAUAUGUGUAAAAGGGACUAAACUUUUUGCAUCACUCUGCUUCUUUUUUGGAUAGUGGUAUAUCCUCUAUGUUGCUGUAGACAUAUACAUUCUACUGCCUAAAUAUAUGUGUGUAAAAUGUUCUGAUAAACUAGAGUGCUACUAAAAAAAAAACUUUGUGAUUUAUAAGAUACAUAUACUUUUUAUGUUAACAUUAGCUUGUGUACAGUGUUUAAAGGGAAAAAGGUUAUUUAGAAGAGUUGUGCUGUCCGUUAGUCUGGGACAAAUUUCAGAUAGAAUUGUCAUGGAAAAAUUUGGCCAGUCUGCCUAUGGCCAGUUUCUACUUUUUGUUGUUUUGCCUAAAUAGGGCCUCAUGGACAUAAAUAGGGCUUAGUUUGGUACCAUGGUUCUUUUUUUUUUUUUUUCUCCAAGGUUGGGUCUCACUCUGGCCCAGGCUGAUCUGGAAUGUAGUUUCAGGGUGGCCUCAAACUCACAGCAGUCCUCCUACCUCUAGCCUCCUGAGUGCUGGUAUGAAAGGCGUGCACCACCACGCCAGGCAAGAACUUUUUUUGAGGUAGAGUCUCAUUGUAGCCCAGGCUGACCUCGAACUCACAGCAAUCCUACUACUACUUCUGCUUGGUAUUAAACGUGUGUACCACCAACAGCUAUUAGAGAACUUUCUAAAUCUGUGAUCCUCAUAUCACUUGUGGAAGUAAAUUUGUACCAAGGUGAAGAUCUAGUAAUUCUGAUUAUGUCUGAACUGGGAAAUAUCUGAUACUGUUCACACAUGAAUUUGGGGAACCCAUGUAAUUAGAUUUUUGAGGAUGAUUGUCUAUUCCAUUCAGAAAUUCUGAAGACUCGUGAUUUCUUUUCUCCUUGUGUUUCUUCCUGUCUUAGAAUUAAUUGGUUUUCAAAUCUCCAUAGGAACUAUAUCCUCCAACUUCAUGCCCAGUUUUUGUUAUUAUAAAGAAAAGAAUUUCUUAA